UGCGCGGGAACGCGUGCGCGGGGCGUGGGAUGAGUUCAGCCUCCUGGCUCCAUUCCCUGGAUCCCAUCCCUGGAAAUGUCACUGGAAACUCUGAAUGGGCCGGCCCCGCUCCAGAGCGGGGAGCGCUGGGGGGGGCAGCGCACCCCGGGGGGGGGGCCAGGGCACACGGGGACCCAGCGCCGGGCAGGACGGUGCCUCCCGACCCUCCCGGGGGAUGCUCCUGGGGGGCUCUCCCCGCCAGCCCCCCACGAGGCGCUGAGGCCCCCGCUCCUUCUCCCGGCGAAGUUCGGGCCGUGGAUUUUUCCUCCCUGCCGCUCGCAGCUCCGUCCCGCUCAGCCCGGGGCUGCUCCCCAAAACCCCGCUGCUUCCCGGGGGCCCCCGUUGGCACCGCCCAGGAGGGCACGGGCAGCCCCCGGGCACCAUCCCCGCCCUCCCCGGCCAUGGAGGGCCGGCUCCUGCCCCCUGACCCCAGCCCGGCUCUGCGUGUGGAGGACGUUCCCCGCCUCCACCCACCUCUGCAGCUGUCCCCGCAGCACACGGAGACACGGGUGCCCGUCAUCCGCCACCGCGGCUCCAACACCCUCAACUUCCACUUCCAUGACCCGGAGAGCCGCAGCACCGCCGAGAACAGCCAGGGAGCUCCCAAGAGCUCAGUGAAUGAGUGGUACCAGACCUGGCCAGCCAAGGAGGCGAAAGCCCCCAGCACCCAGGUGCCCACCCACCCCACACCCAGCCCCAGGGCUGCCCCCACGUGCCCACGGCCCCCGGGCUGGUCGGCAACCUGGACCAAGGACAGCAAGCGGCGGGAGAGGCGCUGGGUGAAGUACGAUGGCAUCGGGCCCGUGGACGAGACGGGGAUGCCCCUCGCCUCACGCUCGAGCGUCGACAGCCCCCGAGACUGGUACCGCAGCAUGUUCCGGCAGAUCCACCGCAAGCUGCCAGAGCCCGACUGGGACACCCAUUCUUGCCCCACCACGGCGCCUUCAUCGCCCCCCAAGCCGCGGAGGAGGGGCUCGGCCCCAGCUGAGCCCCCCGGAAUGCCCAACGGGAUGGACUGGACCCGCUGGGGUGCCACCGGUGCCACCGCCGAGCCUGGCAGCAUUUUUGACUACGAACCAGGGCAGUUCUCUCCGCGGGAGCAGACCCCGGCAGCAGCACGGCCGAAGCGGGCUCAGUCCAUCGAGGUGCUGCUGGAGCAGGAGCUGGAGCAGCUCAGCGAGGAGCUGGACAAGGACAUGAGGGACAUGGAGACGCGCCGGACCCCCCGCCAGAGCCCGGCGGCUGCUCCCACCGCUCGCUCCCCUGCUCCGGCCUCCCCGGCUGCUCGGAGCCCCCUGUCCCCCCACCGGCUGUGGAGCGCCCCUGUCACCCACCACUCACCUGCCACCCCCAGCAUGGAGCGGGGUGGGCUGGGGCUGGCCAGCGACCGGAGCCCUGGCAGAGACACCCUCAGGCCAGGGACCCUCCCCAGCUUGUCCGACCUGGGGGACCCUGUGGAGGCCGUCAAGAGGGAAGAGAAGAAGAUGAAAGCUGCUCGCCUCAAGUUCAACUUCCAAGCUGAGUCUCCCAAGGAGCUGACGCUGCAGAAGGGGGACAUCGUCUACAUCCACAAGGAGGUGGACAGGAACUGGCUGGAGGGGGAGCACCACGGCCGCGUGGGCAUCUUCCCCUCCAACUACGUGGAGAUCCUGCCCCCCACGGAGGUGCCCAAGCCCAUCAAGGCUCCCACGCUCCAGGUGCUGGAAUACGGCGAGGCGCUGGCGCUCUACAACUUCCGAGGGGAUCUGCACGUGGAGCUCUCCUUUCGCAAGGGCGAGCGGAUCUGCCUGGUGCGGCGGGUGAACGAGAACUGGUACGAGGGGCGGAUCUCGGGCACCAGCCGCCAAGGCAUCUUCCCCGCCACCUACGUCCAGGUGCUGAAGGAGCCGCGGGUCAAAACCACGGCCGAGGACAUGCCCUCCUCUCCCGCCCCCGCCAGCCCCCGGCCCGCGGCCGGAUCCCCGUCCCUGCAGCGCUCGCCCGGCCCCCGCAUCCCCCAGGCUCCCUCCGGCUCCCCCCGGGAAGCGAAGUGGGAUUCUGGGGUGACGGGCGGGCGCCCGUCCUCUCCGCGCCACCUCGGUGCCACGUUCCCCCCCUCCCCAAAGCUGCCCCACGCUGGCACCCCCAGCCCCUUGGUGGCCUCUGCCAGCCCCCCACACCCUGCGGCCGCCCACCCCCAGGAGCCCUGGCGUCCCGCCUGGACCCCCGAGCAGCGCCCGACCCCGGCGGCACAAACCAGCGCCCGCCCCGAGCCCGCCCCGUCCUACAACGGCUCCGAAAUCCGGUGGACUCCGUACCGGGCACUCUACCAGUACCGGCCCCAAAACGCCGACGAGCUGGAGCUGCUGGAAGGGGACCGGGUGGAUGUCAUGCAGCAAUGCGACGACGGCUGGUUCGUGGGAGUGUCCAGGAGGACGCAGAAAUUCGGCACUUUCCCCGGGAAUUACGUGGCGCCGGUGUGACCCGCGGCCAUGGGGACCCCGGGGGAGGAGUGGGGCCGGGGGCUUCCCCUGUCCCGCCUCGGGCACGCGGUGUCCCCGCCGUGUCCCCCCACGGGGAUGAAGUGCCUCCAGCUCCCUCCCGCCCCUAUGGGGCUGCUUCUAACAGGGACAAAUCCCCCCAGCGCGGGGUGUCUCCCCCGCCCCGGUGCCUUAACCCGCCCCCUCCUCACCGCUGCCCGCUGCCACCGCCCCGGGGGUCUGGCCGGUGCCGGGCCUGACCAUGACGGCCGUGCCCCGCGAUGUGGGUCCGUGUCCGGGAGUCGCCUUCGCUUCUUUUCCGUCAUUAAAGCUCAGCUCAGCCCGA